GUUCGUCGAUCGUUCACUCCGCGAAGGUGAGGGGGUGUUUUCGCUGAGGGACGCGACGCGACGCGACGUGACGCGGGAGCGCGCAAUUUUCGUCGCUAUCUCUUUUUUGCCUUCUUGCUCCGACUGUUGACCGCUAUUUCGCGAAUAACACAGUCAACAGUUAUAUCUGUGUUGCAAAUUUGCGGGACAGAUAAGAGAUAUAUAUAAGGAAUAUAAGGAAUAGAUAUAUGUGAUUUAUCUCUGGUCUCGCGUGUGCGAAAGGUCUUCGGCAGUGUCACUGGGAGUGAGAAAGGAGAUUACGAGGCGAAGUUGAGGGCGGAGAAUGAUCCAAGUGUUAAAGGAGCGUUGAAGACUCUAUCUUCGGGGGAACGGUAUAUAAGUAAUCGCGCCGGUCGGAACCACCGGUGAUUUAUAAGCCGCGAUCGUAAAUCCGAAGCUCGCGAUCGCGAGAGGCGAAGGAAGGAAGGAAAGGUGUGUGUAGGUGUACCGUGGUGUGUACGUGUAUAUUCUCCGGUAUGACCAGUCACGAGUGAGGCUCCCAGUACCCGACAUCCAUUCUCGCGGAAUCACACGAACACGUGCGAUUCCGGAAAGAUGAUACGCGACUACCUGAUACUGCUCUCAUGGCUCUGCGCGGUGCAAGGAAAGAUAGGAUACUUCUGGCACAUAACCGACAUUCAUUACGAUCCAACAUAUGCUACGCAAGGAAACGCCGCUACGUGCUCGAACAUGAGAAACAGCGACGGCGGAUGGAUGAGGCUCGACAAAAGACUGAUGGGCAAGUUCGGCAACUACAGUUGCGACUCGCCUUGGGCCCUGGUCGAAUCGGCGGCGCGGGCGAUGAGAUCGAAGCACAGCGAGGGGAUCGAGUUCGUCCUGUGGACGGGUGACGCGCUGACGCGCAAUGCCGGCAUGAACGCGGAGCUGCGUCUGCAGUGUUUGCGGAAUUUGACCGAUCUGUUGCACCGCACGUUCAAAGGGCACUUCGUAUUCCCCGCGCUCGGCCAUGAAGACAUCGGCGUGAAUUACACGCAGCUCGCGAGCCUCUGGCAGAACUGGCUACCGCCGGAAGCCGUAGACACUUUUGUAAAGGCCGGCUACUAUACGAUCGAGCAGCGCUCGAAAAAAUAUCGGAUCGUCUUCCUUAAUACGAAUUUGUGGCUGAGCUCGGUCGACAGCCGUAUGCUGCAUCGCGCCGGAAGCAGCACGGUCGAUAACACGCAGGAUCCCUUCGGCCAAUGGUCCUGGUUCCAGUCGGUCCUCGAGAAUGCGCGGAAGAAGAAAGAGACGGUAGGUUGUUACUUUGCGAUAUAUGAUAUUAUUGGUCUUCCGAGUGAGCUAUUAUACCGCGCGUUACUCGGACGCGCAUUACUUUCCUCCUGUUAUAUUGCGCUCUUCCGUCGUCGUUAUACGACGGCGGAUAAUGACCACAUAUAUGUCUAUGUGUUGCACGUUGCGCAGAUUCUGGAUUACACGCAGUACUAUCUUAAUCUGCCUGAAGCGAAUUCAAUCGGCAAAGCGAACUGGAUAGUCGAGUACUCGCUGCUCGACUAUUAUGAGCUGCAGGAGAUAUCGGCGAUCACUCUUCACGAUCUGGCGGACCGGUUUACUCAGUCGAACGAUUACGCCUUCGUCAGGUAUUACGCGGCCAACACGGUCUCGGUGCCGCGCGAGGUGGAGCAAAUCUGGGGCUGCGGCGGACCUCUCAACGGAGUCUGUGCGCUGCAUCAUUACUGCACUGUGACAAGGCUCAAUCCCGAGACCUACAAGGAAUGCUAUUCGUCCUACGCCUAUGCCCUGGCGUCCACGGGACACUCCACCGUACGUCUCUACUUCGCGUUGCAUCUGCUAAUCCUGCUGAUUUGCGCCGAGAUUCUGAACGACCGGUAGGAUGAACGAGAUGAGAGGACUCUCGAUAGCGCGGGCUACGCCUCGCGUCGGCCCUCCAACGCAACAGCGGUCCGCGUCUUUUCUCUGGCAGAAUCCGAUCGGGAUGCGUUAUCGAUCGGCUACGGAUCGGAUCGGUCUAGAAGCGGUCCACGAGUCAAGGCGAGCGCAUCUAGCGAUACGGCGUUACGGUGUGUCAUCUACUUUGUCUAUGUCUCUGUCGUGUCUCCGUCUUCUCCUUGUCGCGCCACCGAAAUUGUUCAGGCGCGCCUUCGUUCCGUCGUGUUUGGUGUUGCGUGUCUACGCGUUUUUUCAACUGAGGCACUGUAAAAAUUCCGAAUUCCAGAUAUAGGGGAUAUCCGACAGAUAUCCAGGAUGAUUUCGAAUCCCGCCACGCAAUUCAGCUUUGAAAUUGAGAUAUCCGAAUAAUUCGGGUACGAUUAUUCGAAUAAUUCCAGUAAUUUGGACAAUUCGGAUAAAUCGGAUAAUUUGAUUUGAGUGAUUUGGAUAAUAUUCGUGUAUUAAAAUAACGUUUGAAUAUUGGUAAU